CAAAACAGCACUCAUUCGAAUCAGUGAUUUAUUUGCAUAACAAAAGACGUCAACCACAAAACGUCACACCUCGUAAUCGUUUGGGUCUAACUUUAUCCCAAUUGCGAUCAAUGCGCGCUGUCAGUGCUAACCGUUGUGUGCGAGCCAACUGAUCUCUCGUCAGUGUUCGAUGGUGUUUACAGAGUGCAGACGACGCAACGCAAACGAGCUAGUUUUAGAGCUAGGAGAAGGAGAGAGAGAAGAAGUCCACCGGCUAUUCUUUAUUUGGAAAAACGAGAUAGAGACAUGGUGCGCACUUGUGCAUAUCCAGGCUGUACCAACAAAGAUGAGAGUGGGUCUCCUCAAACAUUCCACCGAUUCCCUUCGACGAAUGUAGCUUUGAGGAGACUUUGGCUACUUUCUCUGGGCUUGAACGUGGAGCUCACCCAACUACCGAAGAUGAGAAAGCUUCGCGUGUGCAGUGACCACUUCAGCGAGGACGACUAUCUUCCAGAAGGACAGACAAAGAAACGUAUUUUGAAGAGCACUGCUGUACCUGCACCCCAGGAUGGGCAGGAGUACACAUGUCGUCACGAACUACUCAGCCAGGAUCAACAGCGACGGAAAAAAUGGCUGAUGAAGGGAUCUGCUGCCUGGAAUGCUUUGAAGACCAUUGUGCUCGACAAAAACCUCUUGAAGGACCUCGGUCAAAUGACUUUGUUCAAACAUACAGGGGACUUGGAAGUGUUACACAGCUCAAUGCUGAAAUACGCAGAGAAGAGGCGCCAUUUCACCUAUGUCACGAUGCAGGCGAGGCUUCAACUCAGCAUCAUUGACCACAAUCACAAUGUUGGGCGUCAGCAUGACCGUACUCAAUCUGGACAAGAGAGAUAUAAUGUCUUCCAUUCACGGCAGUCAAAUCAGUGGGUUGCAAGAAGACUGUAUGAGCCAACAACACAGGAGUUCCGGAAAGAUUUGGUGGAGAAGGUCAUCCAACGACGGCUUGACACCAAUGUGAAGCUCGGAGACCCAGCUUUCCACAUACAUCCUCCAGUCAUCAUACCAGCCAACAUUGCCCCAACACCAAAGCCAAACAAGGCUGAAUUGGUUUCAGCACACAAAUCACGCUUUCAUGAGACACCUGCCACUGAGAAAGAUGACUGAGACUGUAUAUACAUAUAUUGUCAUAGAAGUGU